AUGGAAUCAGACCCUCCCCUCCCCGUCCCGAUCUCGUAUAUCGCGGGUAGCUACUUUCUCUUCUCCAUUGAUGCCGUCACGUAUCUGAGACGCGAGCACCACAUCUGCGGCGUGCUCACCGGCACCCUGCCGCAGAUCCCCCAGCAGAAUGUGUUUCUGGGGUUGCCGCUGAAGCUGAUGCCCGAGGAGGCGCGGCUGCUGGUGGACAACGGUGUAGCAUGCAUUGUAGACGAGGUAAAAGCCCAGCGCGAGGGCAUGCGCGCCCUCCGCGAGGCCGACCGCCAGAAGUAUCGCCGCGAGCUAGAAUCCCAGGGCGCCCACGCCAUGCGGCUGCAGACCAACCGCAAAGAGCAGCAGCGCGAGGAGGCGCUGAAGCGGGUAGAAGCGAAGAAGACGGCCGCUAAGAAGAAGGCUGCUGCUGCUGCUGCUGCUGCCGCCGUGGGCGAGGAUACCCUAAUGACUGCCACCACCACCUCGAUACCAUCCACAUCCACGCCCACAACCACCACCACCGCCCCCUACGGCACAACAAUGGGCAUCACCCCCGCCACCUCCCACCCACCACUCCCGUACACACCCUCACCCUCCUCCUCAACCGUGCUCCCCCCGCCCGCCGUGCCCCCCUCCUACCCGCUCUUCGCCCACCUCCACGCAGAGGGGUACUACCUCUCGCCCGGCCUGCGCUUCGGGUGCCAGUACCUGGCGUACCCCGGCGACCCGCUGCGGUUCCACUCGCACUUCCUGGUGGUCGGGGCCGACUGGGACGAGGAGCUGGAUCUGAUGGCGCUCGUGGCCGGCGGACGGCUGGGCACGGGCGUCAAGAAGGGGUUUCUGAUCGGCGGGGCGGCGGAUGAGUCUGGUCUGGGGGAUGCGGGGAGUGUACGGACGUUCAGUGUGGAGUGGGCUGGGAUGUGA